AUGGGAUCAGCUCUACCUCCUCCACCUCCACCCCAAUGGGUGGUUGCGCUCAACUCUCCCCUGCCGCGUCCCACCAAAGCUGCCUCCAGCAUACCGGAUCCACCAGGCUUCUCGAGCAGCCGAGGCAAGCAGCGUCAGCAGCAGCAGCAACCGAUCGCGAAAAAACCCGAAGAUAACGAUGCCCUCAAGCUCAAGAAGGCGUGGGAGAUUGCCAUCGCGCCGUCCAAGUCGAUUCCUAUGAACGCGAUUAUGAUGUACAUGUCCGGCAACAGCCUGCAGAUCUUCAGUAUCAUGAUGGUUUUCAUGCUUUUCAAGGGUCCGAUUCAAGGCCUGUUUAACACCAACGCGGUGUUCGCCAAGUACGAAACACCCACCACGCACGCACGCCUGCUCGGAGUGAAGGCAGUCUACGUGGUGAUGCAGCUAGGGUUACUAGCACUGGGGAUUUGGAAAGUCAACGCGAUGGGGCUACUACCAACUACGAGAUCAGAUUGGCUGGCUUGGGAAACCGAGCGUUUGCCUCUGGAACGGGCGAGCUUUGCUUUCAGCUGA